AUCAGUUCUUGGUAAAACCAAACUUCAAUAAACCGUUGGGUUAAUGCGCGGAUGUGCGGAUACUUUCAGUUAAUUUUGAAUUUUUCGAGGAACGGUGAAGGUCCGCGCUUGAAUCAAAUCCUAAGUGAGGGACUCCGAAUAGGAUUCAUUGGAUGACAAACUAACGUGCAGCCAGGAAUUAUCGAUUCAGAUCCCACCUCUUUUGGGCACAAACUGGAUUGACAAAAGUCAGAGUCCAAUCACUACGAAGUACAAUCAGCACGAUGACAUCAAAUAGUUGUUUAAUCAGUCUAGGCCUUCUCCUGGUCCUUAUUCAAAUUCUAGCUCCAGCAAAGGCUGCGGAGCACUCAGUGUUCACCCACAAAAACGCAUCAUCGGUCUUGGGUCAAUUGGUUACCUCGAGUACCCUAGUAUGGGAAAGCUAUGACCCCAAGGAUGCUACACAGUUGCAGUUCGCCGUGGAGGGCGGAAAGUACGUUACUGAGGAUGAGCAUUACCCCAUGUACGUAUGUCGUGUACCAAUCGAUGGUAUCCAAGUGUCCGGCCAUACCGAGAAAAUCCUUCAGAGACACGUCUGCCUUGCGGCCCACUAUAAGCACGGAAAAUACGACAACUUCGAUGUCCUUAUGAACAAGGGUCACCUGGGGAAGGUUGGCUGGCGUCAUUGGCGUAAGUUCGAUGCUGGUGUUCCCGUCGGUGCCAUACGCAUUGGAGAUGACUCUUACAUUGGUCGCCAUCGGGCCCCAAGUCAACCGAACAAGGACGGGGUCGUCACCCAUUGGGGAGCAGACUUCAAUCUGGGCCACUUGGAGCCGGUGGGUCUGGGAAAAAUUAGGGUCAUCGAAGCCGAACGUGAGAAGUACUACGACGACGGCGAGGUUUUAGUCGAAACAGAGCCCUUCCGAUACGAGCUCAGGGACAUCAAACUGGAUCGAUUGCGCACUGAUAUUCAAGAGAAUAUGACUGAACUGGUUACUAGGAAGCUUGAAAAUCUGGAAGAUAAAUAUAGUACUGUGGAGACUAUUCUAAGCUAUACCUUUAACUAUAAUCAAUAUUGGGGAUCCCACGAGGGUGUUGCUCGUGGUUUACCAACAAAAAUAUUUGAAAAAGAUGAAGCCGUUCCGGCUGAAAUUAAUUGGGCCUUAAAACACACCGAAAAGCGAUCGGAAAACAAGGCAGUGCACACGAAACUUUGGCCUGGUACAGCAAUUAAUGUUACGCUACGUGGCAAUUAUGUGACCCUGGAGGCGCCGUACAGUGGCAAGCUCUUUGCUUUUUAUUACGGAAGCGAUGAAAGUGUUUCCCGAAAGAUCAGCGCAGAGGUGCGAAAGAGCUACUUGAAGGAGGUGAAGCUGGAGUUCAGCCCCGUCUACUGGAUUGAGAACGGUACUCUGGUACCCACAACGACCACCACAACGACCACAUCCACAUCGACCACGACACAUGCCACCACAACCAGCACCAACGAGCCGACGCCCAUAAAUGAGCCCCCGCUGGUCCAUAUGAAGGACAACGGUGUGCAGCAUUCAGGUCCCGAUACGCUGGAGAAGACCUUGCAUGACUCCCCGUCCAGCAACGAAUUAAAUUCGCACGAGGCUCCAGAGAACAUGUCCUCCGACCCGGGAAAGGAUGUGGCGCUGGCAGGGUUCGGAGUCAACGCAGCGGGGUCAACAUUUAUUGCGGGGUCGGCUUUAUUAACUCUACUUUUAACAAUUUUUUUGAGUCUGUAGAUGAAAUUGAGCUGUGGACUCAGUAUAGAGUUUAAUUGUUGUUGUUGUACCUGUUGUACCCGUCUUUGAGAGCGUCAGAGAAACGUAAUAAGCAGAUAGACAUUGUAUGAAUAUAUAAACUCCAAGAACCGGGAGCGAAAAGCGAAAAGCGAAAAGCAAAAGUCGAUAUUUUUUAUACUUGUCCCAAGGCUUCUUCUUUAACACGCAUGCAAGCGAAAGCGAAUUUAAAUGAUCAUUAAAAUAAACGUAAUACAUUCCUAAACAGAACCUCUUACAAUCGGAAAUAAAUCAAAAGUAUAAUUAAAAAUAAAUUUAUUCAUAUUUUUAUGUAGAAAUAUUUUACAAGUUUUUUUUAUUUGCAAGGAUUUAAAUGGCUUUUCAUUUUUGUAGUUAGUAAGCAGCAUUAACAGCAAGUAGAAAAAAUAUUAAACUUGAAUUGACAUUUGCUUAGGGAUGGUAUUAUAGAUCACGCUCUCUAAAAUGAUGUAUGUAUAGUAUACCUGUAUGUCAAAUAUGUAAACCUAUGUAUAACAUAAGUACGAGUAUGUAUGCUAUUUUUUAGGCCAAACACUCAAAAUAUGUAAAAUAGAUAUUUUUAUUUGAGCCCUUUGAUUUAAAGUAUGAUUUGCGUUUAUUUAAGGCUAAUCUCUAUCAUAAUUAAUUUGAUUUUAAUUAAAACUUCAUUAAAGAAACAAUGAAUAUAUAUAAAUAAAAGGCUUGUAAAUGAAAAUCGAAACAAUAUUGGUUUUCUUUUGCUUUUAAAAUUUUUUUUUUAUAAAAAACUACGCUGAAUAAGUGCUGUCAAUUCAAAACAGUUAAUGAUAAGUUUGUUACAUUCUAACGACCAAUUUAUACAUCUUUAUAAUCAAGCCAGUAGCUCAAUCGGGCUCGAGACAAUACUUUAUUAAAGUCUCUUUAAGCUCAUAAAAUAUUCAGCGCACAAUACCACUAUCAUCAAUACAUUCGAAUUCGCUCUUUGAGUCACACCUGCGCCUACCUUUUCAGCGCAAUGUCAUUGAAAUGAUAGUUGACACGUGGAAAAUAAGCGAGUGGGAGGAGGAAUCAAACAUAUAAACAUAUAAAUUAAAUUAACUAAAAUGGGGCAGGGGCCAUCGGUCUGUUUCCAAUAGAUGUAAGCUAUCUAUUCGCAUAUGGAUAUGGAAUGCUGUCUGCUGGGCUUUUGUUAACAAUGCAAUUUGUGCUGAACUGCUUUGAUAGUCUUAAAUCUGCUCAGCUUCCUUCGCUCCUUCCUAGCUGUUGGAAUCUAGUUCUCAAAAUAAGGUUGAUAGCAACCUGGCAAAAAAUGGUUUCGCAUUAGAAACCCAUGUAUUGUCAGGCGAGCGAUAUUUUUAAAGCGUGACCACAUGAUGGCUAUGAAACGGGUUUUGAUGUGGAUGACAAGGCAAUUGAACUGUAUCAUUAUUGCUUAGAGGACGCCUGUUCAACUCAGUAUUCUAUGAUUGUAAGAGUACCUAUUUAUUUGUGCUUUUGCAGUGUAGACAAAGUCAUUGUGCUAUUACCCAAUGAUUUACCAACUGAAAUGUGGGGAGUUUCAGUCCGCUUGAACCCAGAACUAGGGAUGCCGGCAUGUUAACCAACUCAUCCUCGACUGUUGCUCUGUUGCUCUGGUCUGCUGACCAAAUUUGAUAUGCAUGGAUUGGUUGAAGCAAAAGCCGACAGUACCGCUGGCUCCAACCUCCUAUGUUGCAGUGCGCUGACAGGUUUCCCUGCCAGCUGUCUGUACCGGCGUGCAAUCUGCUACAUCCGCCGCUUCAUCUGCCAUCCGCCAUAUAUCCUUCUUUUAGGAGUGACGCGGGGAAACCCCCACAGCGAUUUGCUUUACUGACGUAGGCAUAUGAUUGUGACCGCCCCUGCAUUUUGUGCAUUGCUCUUGCCGCACUCAGGGUUUUGGGUAUAACCGGGGAUCUGGUUUUAACAUUUUACGCUUCAUAAUAUGGUAUUCGGAAAUUGCAUAAACUUAGCUUCUGCGGGAGGGGUGCAGCAAUCUAUCUGUUGGCAUUACUUUCCGGCUUUUUGGUUAUUUUAUAUUUUCGGAAUUCUUACAGACAGGUCACUGCAACGCCAUUCUAAUCGGGAGUUCUUUUGUACUUCAUUGAAUUCCAAUGCUUUUAAUUUGGUUUAUACGAUGAAAAGAUUCGAGGUUAAAAACCGAAUGUAAUCAAUGAAAAUAAUAAAAAUGUUUAUUUUGAAUAAUCGAAAAGUAAAUGUGAUUGAUAAUGUAUUUCCAGCCCAUUGCUAUCCGAUAAUCAGAUUAAAUGUAAUCAUACAUAGUAAAUACAAACACAAAAGUUAGAAAAAUAUUUCAACAAAGCCUAUUUGUGUUUUAAUUACUCUGAUUAACUUCAAGUGUGAUUUUAAAUAUU